UACUGUUAUCUAAAGGCUACGCAGCAACUCGCACCGACAGACCUCUUGUGGCUCCGCCUCCCGUCUCCGCCUGGACCAAUCAGCGCGCGCUCCUUUCAGCCCGACCCGUCAUACGCGUUCGGGAGUCGGUAAGCCCGCCUAGAUUUUCCAUUGUUCGCUCGAGAAGGCCUUGACGUCGCGCAGUUCAAUGACAAACUCGCCCUUAUAGGGAAAGAAUCGCUUAAGGUGAUUUGGUAUUCAUCUGUGCGCUGUUAAGGGUGGACGUAAAGUAAAAGUCAGUGUCUAGCAAUCGGCCAUAUUUGUCUUGGACGUAUGUCGGAGCACAGGUCUGAGGGCUGAGCGCGGCGCCUCGCACCCAUCCUCGCUGACACUCCCUGGGCUGGACGCACGCAGCAGUGACCUUAGCCAGCCAUUGUGUGCAGGGACGCCUGGCCUCCACCCACGCCGCCAACAGAGUUAUCCCCGCCGCGCUAAUGGCUGCCCGAGGGAGGCGGACCAUAAUGAUAUCUCUCGGCGAGUGAUUUAAGCUGCUCCAGCGAGUGAGGAUUGGUAGCCUGCAGCGGUUGUUCGCUUCUCUGUACGUGCGCCUCUGCCCCCUGGUGACUCAGAAAGGAACUACAGUGCCCGCCAAAACAGUCUUGCCGCCGCGAAAAUACCCCGUGGAACCUCCGCAGGAGCCCGAGUGGCCCCCGAACCCCUGCCCCCGAAGCCAUCAUGACCAGCUACAGCUACUCGUCCACUCAGCCGGACCAGUGGAAGGAGAACAACAACAACAACAAUAACAACACGCCGCUCAGCAAUGUGUCUUCUUACUGCCCGGGCACAGCAGGGUCGGUGCCGGCCUCCCUCAGAGACCUCUACUCCAGGAGCAGCCUCUCGUCACCCUCAGGGGCCUCGGCCACAUCCCCUGCCUCGCCCCUGGACCUCACCCGCUACUCCCUUCCGUCCCUGCGUCAGUACGAGUUGGCGCAGCAGAUGGUGUCGCAGCAGGGCGCAGUCAGCAAGUUGUUGGGGUCACUGCGGCCGCCCGGGAUGAUCGGCGGCUCGAAGCCCAAGGUGGCCACGCCGCAGGUGGUGAACAAGAUCGAGCAGUACAAGCGCGAGAACCCGACCAUCUUCGCGUGGGAGAUUCGCGAGAAGCUCAUCUCUGACAGCGUCUGCACCAACUCCACGGCGCCCUCCGUGUCCUCCAUCAACAGGAUCCUCAGGAACCGAGCGGCUGAGAGGGCAGCGGCAGACUUCGCAAGGGCGGCCGGCUACGGCUUCUACAACCCCUACGCCUUUCCUUGGGCUAACCCCGCCCUCCUCUCGCCGCUAGCCGCGUCCCUCCCGCUGCAGGCCGCCGCCGCUGAGCAAGCCGCCAACACCGCCGCUGCCAAGGACAAGGCCACGUCCGCUUCCUCCACGGGGCACUCCGAUGGGGAAGGUUCUCCCUCCCAUAAGGACGGUGCUUCAAUCUGCGUCCUGAGCCCUACCGACCUGAGCGCCACCUCGCCCCUUUCCAACGAGGUCAGGUUUCGCCGCAACCGGACCACCUUCAGCACGGACCAGCUGGAGGAGCUCGAGAAGGAGUUCGAGAAGACACACUACCCGGAUCUACCCACGAGGGAGAGGCUAGCGGAGAAGACGAUGCUUUCAGAGGCAAGAGUACAGGUGUGGUUUUCCAACAGACGGGCGAAGUGGAGGCGGCACCAGCAGCUCAGUGUGCUCCGCCCCUACUCCUCCGACGACCCCCUCCCGCAUUCCCCCACCACCACCUCCCCGUACUCCGAAGUGGUGUCGAGCCCAGACACGCCUCGCUCUCCUUCCCCAACGCCCCCACCACCUUCCUCUACCGCUACUCUCCCCACCACAGCCUCCACCACCACAGCCCCCACCACCGCGCCGGCAACAGUCACGGUAGCAGUGGGCACCGAAGAUACCAUCCAUGGAGGGCCGUUGGAGGGCCAGUCUCCCCCACGGGCCACGUCGACACCGCCGAGGUCUCCCCACCGGCCUCCUUCACCUCUUCGCCAUCCUCCGCCUUCACCCGCAUCUGUCGCCGCCCUCAACCUGUCCACCCACCACCCGCUAGUCCAUCCCUUGUCCCGCCUUCACCAGAGUCCACCCACCACAAGCUCCAUCAAGACUCCGAGCCGCCUUCCUCCCCCCCCUCUCCUCCCUGCCAGCCUGCUCACACUCCCACACUAUCCGGGGUUCUCCCUCGGGCGUGACCUCACCCUCACGCCCAUUAACCUCUCCAGCGCCCACGCCCACGCCCGUGAGCUGAUGGCUGCUCGGGCUCGAGAUUUCUUCAAAUCUGCCACCCAGUCAGCCUAUUUUGGCGGGUCCCGAGAUGAAGACGAAAGUGAUAUUGAGGUGGACCUCGAGCAAGAGAACGAAGAGAAGAGAAACGAGGCCGUGGAGGCUCAGGACCUUAGUGUCAAGAGGAAGAGAGAUGAUGAGGAUGAAGAAGAGAAAGAGAAAGAGGAAUUAAGAGAGAAAAAAGAAAAGCGUGAGGAUAAAGCAGAUGACGCGGGUAAAGAGGAGAGCAUGGAGGAAGCAUGAAGGGGUCACGGGUCAGCACCGCCUUCGCUGCCCACAUGUAUCGUAACCUUGAUCUCUGUCUGCUGACGAACCUGUUUACCUGAUCUUGUAUUUACCUGUCUGUAGCCGUUGCGUUCUGUUAUCUUUUAUUUUAUUUUUAGAGGGCAGAGUAAGAUCUCAAAAUGACACAUAGUUCACACGAAUGCUGUGCUAACUUACUUUCCGUUCAGAGCGCAGCAUUUACAACCACCUCAGAGCAUAGGUCCCAAGUGAUAGUGAUCAUUAGGAUUCGGGUUCACAGAAACCUUUGGCCACAGACACACCCGCCGGCUGACAUGCUGGCUGGAUGCCCCGAGCGGUGGUGGGCGGAGGAGGCGACUGUAGCAAACGUGUCAGGUUCAGGAGUAAUAACGCUGUUCCCAUAGACCUGCUUGCUGACCUGUUACCUGGCCUAUUAAGCAGGGCAUUCAUACUGCUUAAAUCUGUAAGAAUAUCCCUAAAACAGACUUAGAAUAUUGUAACACUUAGGGGCAGAAUAUCUUACAGUCCUUAAGAUUUACGUCGGUAUUCUUAGACGCUUCCGGCUCUCACAUCAAUUAUCAAGCAUUUCUAAAGGUCAUAAAAUAGGGUAAACGUGUUCCCAUAAGUGUCUUUUUACGUUCAUGGCACAGAGGCUUUGUCAAACUACCAUCAGAGGCAUAGAACCACGCAAGAAAAUAACCCAUAACAUCUAGGAAAGCCUUGUUAAAUGUUUGUACCUGGGAGCCGAAGUGAUUAAGAAUAUACGGCCCUUCAUUAAGCACUUCGAGCAACAGCCGCGCCCCCGCCACACCACCGCAGCUUGUUACCUCCAUGCACUCUUCGUAGGCCUUACCUCUACUUUGGAUGUAUCGUGUAUCCAGUAAUGUUUCUCCACCAGUUGAUAUGUAUAGCACCAAAGAUGUAUUUUUAGUGUGUGCGCGAAUGUGUGUGUGUGUGUGUGUGUGUGUGUGUGUGUGUGUGUGUGUGUGUGUGUGUGUGUGUGUGUGUGUCUGUGUUCGUCUCGCUGCCUCGCUAAAUUGUCACGGAGCAGCAAAGAAUCAAAGUAUAGACGUUAAGGUUAGGUUGGUCGGGUCCUCAGGGCAGCGCUUGGUGGGUGUUUGUCGCUUCACGCAGGCUCAGGCAGUGACCUACCCUCGUGUGGCCUGGCUGCUGUUCACCGGUGAGUGCUCUGGUCACAGCCCCGACGCUUACCUUGUGGGACGGGUUACUGCGUAUGUAUAGUGUUAAGUAUUUUUGAUAGUUGUUUAUCGUAUUAUGUUCAUGUGAGUAACUGUGUGUUGCUAUGUCACACCAGAGAGCAAAUGAAUCUUGUAAAAUAGAAGUAAACCAGAGACACGUGAGAUACUUCGUCGUGCAACAGGGAAUAACAUUAGACUCCUGCCUGGCUUGACUUUUUGACGCAUUCUAGGCCAGAUCCGUCCUGCUUUGAUCUCGUAUUUAUUCACGUGAUGCUAAUCGAUAUGCUUACGCAGAUAGAGGUAGAAGAGGAAGCUAAUGAGGGAGAAGAUAGACUGAGGAAGAUUUAUAAGUCACUGAAGAAGCACUGACGGAUGAAUUAACAAUCCAAUUUUUAUCUAAGUGCGAAGGAAACUGUGGAAAUUUGCUAGGCUUAUUUAGUUAUGUUUUAGCGUCAAGAUUUUAAUCGAGAAAGACUACAGAUUCGAUGUUUCAUUACUAUACUCUUCAUGACUCAGGCACUAUAGUAUUUGCACUUUCGAAGAACAAUGAAUUAUGCGGUGUUGAGAUGAUGUAUGUGUACAACCACUGUGUCUCACUACGAAAUAAAUGUACGUAACACUCGUCGACGGAGGACGGGAGUGUUGGGCCCAGUCACCAGCAGCGGCCGGCACCCAGGCACCUCUGUUGGGCCAAGCCGCCGAGAUGGCCCCAAGCCAACACUCCCGCCGCUGAGGGUCUGCAGUAUAGGCGUCCAGUAUCUCCUUAGGGCUGAAUUAAAACAUGGCUGCAUUA